CAUUCUGUUAUCUUACCCCAAAACAUCGAAUUAAAUCUACUAGCUCUGGUAGUAAAAAAUCUGACUUUUAUGUCCAAAAAUGGAUAUUUAUUAACUCCGUCAUUAUCCUACGCCCCCACCGACCAUCCUCCUCCGUCGUCAUUUCUUCUCUCACCCGCCGUUUUUUUAUCUCCCUUAAUUCUGCAUCGAUUCUCCGGCGACGACCUUCCAUCUCCGUGAAUUGCCUUCUCGGAUUGGAAUCGUUGAUUUCCCCCAAUUAAUUCAGGCUUGUUGUAGCUUAUCGUCGUGGUGAUGAUCGCGUUUGUUUCGGCGAGGAGGCAGAGGGCGUCUUUGGUUCUGCAUUCUUCUCGAUAGAUUUUUUUUUGUUUUUAACAAGCGGUUUGAGAGAAUGGCUCAGGGACAGAACAGGAAUGUUCCUCAGCUGGUGGGACAAAUGCAGAAUCCUGUUGCGGUUUCUGCUCCUGGUGUUGUUUCGUCUCAGCCUAAUGAUGGUCUCAGGAUACGGCAUGAGAUGUUGAACAAGAUCUUCGUUUGGUUACAGCAGAGGCAGCCUACAAAGACUGAUGAUGCCUCCAAGGCAAAGUUAUUUGAGGUUGCAAAGCGGUUAGAAAAUGCAAUGAUAAAAACGGCGACGUCAAAGGAGGAGUAUUUAGAUUUCCAAAGUUUUGAGGUUCGGAUAAAAUCUAUUCUGAAUCAAAUGUUUGGUCGUCCUAAUAAUCCUCCAAGCUCGACCGGCAUGAUGGUUCAGACACCUGGUGUUUCUCAUGGAUGGGGUCAAACUCAUACCGCCACACCUAUGGUGAACAAUAGCACCUUUAACAGUAACAAUAGCUUAGCAGAUGGUUUGCCAACUAAUCGCAUGAAUGGAGGUCAAGUGAUUAAUAAUGGUCGCCAGCAAUUAUCUGCCAACACUGGCCAAAUGAUGAUGCCUACUCCUGGAUUCAACAACAGUACCAACGCUGAUGUAUAUCAGUCUCAUCGAAACGGAGAAACUUCUAGAGACGGUGGCAAGCUUCCGGCUGUUGGGCCAGAGUUUGUAAGCCAAUCUCAGCUUCAGAGGCAGCGUCCUGCUGGUUCAGAUGACCGGUUGCAUUACAGCCUUGACCAGCAGCUGGGAGGUGGUUUCAGGUCGAAUAUGCACCAGAAUGCUUCUGGGAUGAGUGGGAACAGUGCACACCUUGCUAAUGGGCACAUGGGCUCUCAAGGGGUCCUUAGUUCCACAAAUUUUUCAACUUCAUCCCAACCUUUGCAGCAGCAGCAGCCUGUCGAUCAGUUGCAGCAGGUGUCACAUGUUCACAGAUACUCAAUGAGCAACUCUGGUGCUUUUGGGUCCGGGAAUCUCUAUGGAUCAUCUGGCUCAGUGGAAGCUUCUGUGGAUAUGAAUACAAUGAGUCUGAAUCCUAUGCGGAGAGUUGAUGUUUCCUUUGGUAGUAAUCAGUCAAGCCUGCAAGCAGUGGACAAGACUCCAUUGAUAAAGCAUCAACAACCUCAACAGUUUGAGAAUGGGAACUUCCAAUCUUCAUCCAGUUCCAAAGAAAACGUGGCUCAGAUGAGUCAUCAGCCAUUAGAACACCAGUUCAACCAGGCAGCUCAUCAUGGUCAGUACCAGCAACAAGAACACUUACUGAACAACGAUGCUUAUCGUCAGCCUCAGCGAGCUUCAAACGUUGUUAGUCAAGUCAAGCAUGAGCCUCGCGCAGAAUACUAUAAUGAAGCUUUUCAACAGCAGGCUAUAAACCAAGUAGAACCAUCCAAGCCUCAAAACCAGUACAAACAGAACGCUUUCAAAGACGAUUACGCUGGUACUCAGAGUAGUAGCCAGCUGAAUAUUUCUUCAUCUUUCCAACCACAAACUCACCAGACGCAGCAGAUACCUCAAUGGAAAGAUGUGAGUAACCUCUCCGGUGGAGUGCAGACAGUAUCAAGUAUGGGACAGUGGCACUCACCUUCUCAGAACUUGACACAAACGUCAAAAGAUAUUAAUGGAGAGAGAGAGCAGUUUGGGGUGAACUCAAGUCAAAUAGUACCUAUUAAGCUUGAAACUACUAAUGCUGCUUACUGUCAAACUGUUGCACCUAGAAGCACCUUGGAGGCUCCAGCUCCAGAUCUUCAAGAAGGAAGCAGCACCUUGAGUAAACAGGUGAAUGAAGAUAGUGAUUCAAGUUAUGUAAAUCAGAGGCGGUGGCUUUUGUUCCUGCUGCAUGUUCGCAAAUGCAAUGCAGCGGAAGAUAAAUGUGAAAGCAAGUACUGUUUUACUGCCAAAACGCUGCUGAAACAUAUUGAUUACUGCAAGGCCCCUGCUUGCGCAUAUCAGUACUGUCUUCAAACCCGGAAACUGAUUCAUCAUAACGAGCACUGCGAGAAUGAAGCAUGUCCAGUCUGUGUUUAUGUCAAGAACUUCAAGGAGAAACAAAGAGAAAAGAUUGCACUCCUUCGGAAAGCUGAGCGUAGACGCAUUGAGUCUAUGCGUGCGUCUAAUGAAAGAGACUCUGAAGCUCCUUCUGUUGUUGAUGAUGAUGAUGAUGAUCUGCAACCUUCUCCAAAGCGGGUGAAAGUAGAGAAACCCUCCCAGUUUGCUUACACUGAACCACAUCACAGCAUCCCAGCGAAAAAAUCUGUUGGUAUGGGUAAAACUCAUUUGUCAAGGGGUUUGCAAGAGAAGUAUAGUCUAGAGAGUGAUGUGAGCAAAAGUAUUAGAUCAGAUGUGCCUAUGAGUGCAGAUAGUUCUGAUACUUCGAGGAGAAUGCUUCCAGUUUCCCGUGAGAUGGAGAAGCCUGUUUUCAAAAAAGAUAGUCACAUGGGAGGACAUGGUGGAGACUCUUCUUCAUUUGAUGGUGAACCUGUUUGUGUAGUACCAAAGCAAGAAAAAUCAAAAUGCAUGAAAGAAGUAAGCGCACCCAAAGAAGAGAGAGCGGAACAGUCUGCAGACGUUUUGGCUGCGUCUAGUAGAGGAAAGUCAAAGAUCAAGGGAGUCUCAUUGAUUGAGCUGUUCACUCCAGAGCAAGUAGAGGAGCAUAUCCGCGGUCUUCGCCAGUGGGUAGGCCAGAGUAAAACCAAGGCAGAAAAGAAUAAAGCAAUGGGACUCACCAUGUCUGAAAACUCUUGCCAGCUAUGUGCUGUUGAGAGGCUUGCAUUUGAGCCAACACCUAUAUAUUGCACACCUUGUGGUGCACGUAUCAAGAGGAAUGCUAUGCACUAUACCGUUGUGGCUGGUGAGUCACGCCAUUAUGUAUGCAUUCCUUGCUACAAUGAAGCGCGUACGAACACUGUUUCCGUUGAUGGAACUCUUGUGCCCAAGUCAAGGUUUGAGAAAAAGAAAAACGAUGAGGAGGUUGAAGAACCGUGGGUGCAAUGUGAUAAAUGUCAAGCGUGGCAGCAUCAAAUCUGUGCUUUGUUCAACGGCCGUAGGAAUCAUGGACAAGCCGAGUACACUUGCCCUAAUUGCUAUAUAGAAGAGGUGGAACGAGGAGAAAGGAAGCCUGUGUCACCAAGUGUGAUUCUGGGGGCACAAAGUUUGCCAGCUAGUACUCUUAGCAACCAUUUAGAACAGCGGUUGUUCAAGAAACUGAAGCAGGAAAGACAAGAGAGGGCUAGGCUUCAAGGAAAAAGCUACGAUGAGGUCCCUGGAGCCGACUCACUUGUUAUCAGAGUUGUUGCAUCUAUCGACAAAAUGUUAGAAGUAAAGCCACGCUUCCUUGACAUUUUCCGAGAAGAGAAUUACUCAUCUGAGUUCCCUUAUAAGUCUAAGGCCAUUCUGUUGUUUCAGAAGAUUGAAGGUGUUGAAGUUUGCUUAUUUGGCAUGUACGUUCAAGAAUUUGGAACUGAUUCCGCGUCUCCCAAUCAACGGAGGGUAUACCUUUCUUACCUGGACUCGGUUAAGUACUUCAGACCAGACGUUAGAACUGUGUCUGGAGAGGCUCUCCGUACUUUUGUAUACCAUGAAAUUCUGAUUGGUUAUCUUGAUUACUGUAAGAAGCGUGGGUUUUCAAGCUGCUAUAUAUGGGCAUGCCCUCCUCUUAAGGGUGAAGAUUACAUUCUAUACUGUCAUCCUGAGAUUCAGAAAACGCCAAAGACUGACAAACUAAGGGAAUGGUAUUUAGCAAUGCUGAGGAAAGCUUCCAAGGAAAAAGUGGUUGUUGAAUGUACAAACUUCUAUGAUCAUUUCUUCGUCCAGUCUGGUGAAUGUAGAGCUAAGGUAACAGCAGCAAGGUUGCCAUACUUUGAUGGGGAUUACUGGCCAGGUGCUGCUGAGGAUUUGAUAGAUCAAAUGAGCCAAGAAGAAGAUGGGAAGAAGUCAAAUAGAAAAGUAAUGUCCAAAAAGGUCAUAUCAAAAAGGGCUCUUAAAGCAGUAGGUCAGCUGGAUCUUUCCGUUAAUGCCUCAAAGGAUCUUCUGUUAAUGCAUAAACUGGGUGAGAUCAUCCUCCCAAUGAAGGAAGAUUUCAUCAUGGUGCAUUUGCAACAUUGUUGCAAGCACUGUUGCACUCUCAUGGUAUCUGGAUAUCGCUGGGUGUGCAACCAGUGUAAGAACUUUCAGAUUUGUGACAAGUGUCAUGAAGUGGAAAAGAACCGUAUCGAAAAGGAGAAACAUCCAGUCAAUCAGAGGGAGAAGCAUGCACUAUAUCCUAUUGCUAUUGAAGACGUUCCUACUGAAAUUAAAGACAGUGAUGACAUCCUCGAGAGCGAGUUCUUUGACACUAGGCAAGCUUUCCUAAGUCUCUGCCAAGGAAACCACUACCAGUACGACACGCUGAGGCGGGCGAAACACUCAUCCAUGAUGAUUCUCUAUCAUCUUCACAACCCCACCGUCCCUGCAUUUGCAACCGCAUGCGCCAUCUGCCAGCAAGAGCUUGAACCUGCUCAAGGUUGGCGCUGCGAGGUUUGUCCUGACUAUGAAGUUUGCAGUGUUUGCUACUCAAAGGGCAUUAACCAUCCACACAGCCUCAUUAAUCGUCCAGCUGCUACUGAUUCUGUUGUCCCCAACACAAAAACUAAUCAGACUGCACUGUUAAGAGAACUGCUGCUACACAUGUUGGCAUGCUGCACCACACAGUGCCAGUAUCCAAGGUGCCGCGCGAUUAAGCUUCUGGUCAGGCAUGGUCUUGUGUGCAAGACCAAAGGCAAAGGAUGCAUCCAUUGUAAGAAAAUGUGGGCCAUCUUCCGAAUGCACGCACGAAACUGCAGAGAUUCUCAGUGCAGAGUACCCAAAUGCAGAGAUUUGAGAGCUCAUGAUAGUAGAAAGCAACAACAGGCAGAUUCAAGACGCAGAGCUGCUGUGAAGGAGAUGGUGCGGCAGAGAGCCGCUGACGCAUCAACCUCAACUUCUGACUGAUCAACAACAUAGACAUCUCAAUGCUUAGAAGGAAGGAAAGAUGUAAAUGUGGAGGCGAAUGAAUCAAGAAGCCAGUUUAGGAGGUCAAGAGCUGCUGCUAGGUACUAAUUCAGGCACCAAAAGGAGGUACAUAGAUGUUUGAUUUACAUGUAUUCUUAAGGGUAUAGACGAAUGUGCAUAUGUAAUUUGUGAUUUUGAUUCAAAUUUUGAUUGCUUCUUUUUUUUUUUCUUAACUUGAAUCCCUAUUGAAUUUUUGGGGGGUCUUAAUUCACUAUUUUGAUCCCUUCGUUUUGUUGUAUACUAUGUACCAUUCUUGGCAAAAGCCUAUUAGCUAAUAAAUUAUCCUGAUUAUCCA